AUGGAGAAUGCGGUUCGGAAUGAUGAUGCGGGUGGGAAUGAUGAUGCGAUUGGGGAUGAUGGGGUGUUAAUGAUCCGGAUAUCUCUUUCCAACCUCAGCUUACUACUGGCUUCUAGUAGCUUGGUUUUGAUCAUUUUUAAAUUAAAUAUAGAUGUUCAACUUUUAGUGGUGCUUGCGGGCUUAUUAAGUAAUGCUUAUUUCAGAGUGCUUGCGAGCUUAUUAAGCGAUUUUUGCAUCCCUGAGGAUGUUAAACUAUUGGGAGAUGCGAUUAGGAAUAAUGAUGCCAUUGGAAAUGAUGAUGCGUUUGGGGAUGAUGGGGGUGUUAAUGAUUUGGGAUCAAUUCCUACCUCUAUUGGAAAUCUGACCAACCUAACCAUUCUAGGCUUAGGAGGAAACAAUCUUUCAGGAAGUAUUCUUUCAGGAAUUACAAACUUGACAAAACUCAAUCUCCUUUCUUUUGCGAUUAACCAGCUAUCAGGUCCCUUUCCAGAAGAGAUUGGAAAACUCCAAUCACUCGUCGAACUCUCUUUUGCUGAGAACAUGCUCACCGGACCCAUUCCACGGUCUAUUGGAAACUUAGGAAAAUUGACUUUGCUCUAUCUUUUCAAUAAUUAUCUAUCUGGACCUAUCCUCGAAGAGAUUGGAAAACUCAUAUUUCUAGAGACUCUUCAGUUGUAUAAUAACAAUCUCAUAGGGAAGACUCCUGAUUCUAUUGCUAAAUUGGAAAAGUUAACUUCUUUAUCCCUUUAUGGAAACAAUGUCACAGGGCAUAUUCCUUCAGCCAUUGGAAAUUUAACAAGAUCAACUGAAUUGAUACUUUAUGAAAACAACUUACAUGGCGCUAUCCCUCUUGAAUUGGGAUAUAUGAAGACACUAGUUGUUCUUUUUCUUUUCACAAACCAACUAAGUGGUGUUCUUCCAAAUGUAUUCAGUAAUCUUACCAAUCUACAAAUGCUACAAGUAAAUGAAAACAAUCUUACUGGUCAUUUGCCCCAAAACAUUUGCAAUGGUGGCUCACUGAAGUGGUUUACAGUACAAGAUAAUAACUUUGUGGGCUCCAUUCCAAGAAACUUGAAAAAUUGUUGA